AUGAAAACGCGUUAUUCUGUUAUUUGGAUCAAGGCAGUUGCCUUAAUUAGUGUUCUACUGAUGAAUGUAUGCAGAGCAGAUCUAUCCCUAAGCGAAGUAGAGUCAACUCUGAAUUUUGAAAUUGCAACAAGUGGGUCACCAGUAAAGAUAAACCCAGAGGGACCUCUCAACUUCCUCAGGGGAUACAUCUACCAGAAAAUGGAGUGCAUGUACAACAAAAGAUUCUUUUCACCAGAAAUUAAUACAUAUUACUUUGUAAAGGAAGACAUAACAGCAACACAGGCUGAGCCUAUCUAUAAAUACAAUCGAACCCAACAAAAGGACAAAGCAUAUACAGCACUACCAGAGAAUAAAAUGGAUGUGUAUGCCGAAAGGUACCAUAAUCAUCUUAUUGACUUGUUUCCAUCACCCACUGGUGACGUAACCCUAGAGACACGAGGAAACCAGUCCUUUGUUCAGUUCCUUCGGGCAGAGACCACAGAGAAGCACUCUUUGCAGAUUCUAGCCAUGCUGCUGCUUUUCUCAGAGGGAGUGAGCAUUCCCAUUGACUUCAACAACAAGAAACUGAAUGUGUAUGAAAAAGACAAAAAAGACAAAAUACACUUUGAAGUGGAGAUGGUAAUCCCGUGGUUUAAUAGAGAAGAAAAUGAAACAAAAAGAUUUGAACAAAAGAAAGUUAAACAAAUGAUCAAAUUCUUCCAGGAGUAUGCAAUCGAUCCGGAAGUACUUAGCUUGAUGGAGGAAAAGUGCUCACAAGAGGAGAUUGCUACAGGAACGUUUCUGGACAGUCCUAAGUUUCUGAUUCAGUCAUAUAUAUUUGGGUUCAUUGACACCGCAGAACGUGCAACUGAGUUUAUUCAGACUGUGCAUGAAAUGACAGAAAAAUAUGCUCCAAAGACAGAAGCACAAAGCAAGAAUGACUCGGUAUAUGGCAGGCUGUUUAAACCAGCUAGGACUAUAACAGGCACAGAUUGCAUUGCCUUAAUGAAGAAAACUCAAGAGAUCUUGAGUAUGCACCAAACCUUUCCAUUUACAAAUAGCAAGCAGCUUCCCGCAUAUAAAUCUAUUCAUUAUUACAAUCGAGAAACUAAUGCUUUUUCCACUAAAUACUUAGAAACAUACAGUAACUGUGUUGAGUGUGUGAUCCUCUCUCUUUUCUGCUGCCUGGCAUAUGAUCCAGUAGAGGGAAUUUAUGAGACAGACCAUAUGGGGAAUGUCUCUCCUAGUCUGAAAGAAUUCUUCUCUCCAAAGAACCAGCCAUUUGACAUGACGAAAGUUGAGUUCCAGAGAAACUGGUGCAGAGUCGUUGCAGACCUAGGUGAGUCUAGAAUUGCAUACUGCAAGGAAAGGAACGAGAUAGACUGUGGUAUUCUGAAUAUGCUCAUAGUUAUUGCAGAGGUAGUAGAAGUACCAGAAGAGGAAAAGAAGAAAAUACUUGGCUUUGCACAGAGCUUAAAGGAACAGAAAGGAGUACUAAAAAAUGAAUUAUCCAAUGCUAUUCAAGAGUACACAAAUGCACUACUUACGCGCCUAUCCAAGACAAAAAGUUUAAUAGUAGAACUUUCUGAUCUUAAAGGUGAUAAAUAUGCUAAUGAACGAUAUGAUAUAUCGGGUGACAUUAGUAUAACAUUUGAGAACAACACAAUUAAGAAUACAAUAGUGUUAACUACUGCCCCUAGGCAUAGUUUUAUUAAGAUGCCGCCUGUUAUUACGAAGGUAAGCAAUUUCCAAAUGGAGAAAAUGAAUGAAAUAGCAGACAGCUGUAAAAAUGAGACAGUAUUUAUUGAAAAUCUGUUUGUUUUAUAUGUUGACUAUGAAAUACGAAAAAUUAACACUUCUGAGGAGAAUGAAGAGUUUUUGAAGGAUGAAGUGCAGAUCACCAUUAAAAACAACUUCACGGACAUCAAUAGGCUGCUGUUAGUUAAUAACAUCAGUGAGUUGUCCUACAAGAGUCUCUUAGUUACCUUUUCUAUUAUAUAUACUAUGAAUCAAAACCUAUGUCCAUCGCAUCCUCUUAUUCGCCUUACCUCUAACAUACUCGGAAGCACAGAACUAAGCAAUAUAGAAAUUCAGAAGGAAAUGCUUCCACCAAUUGUAUUUGCAGGCCUGCAUAAUAAAAGCGAUAGUAAUUCCAACUACCCAAAUAUAAAACUUUCAGAGAACCAAUAUAACCAGGUGGCCUCCAGUUCAUUUGCCGCUCUCUUCAUUGAUUAUAUACUAGAUUGUGAUAUGGCUGUUUUCAUAAAAUGGAUUAAAUUCUAUAUAGAUAAUUUGUACGCCCAGCGCGACAUGAAUUAUAAUCCAUUGCUAGACCCUUCAAUGAAUAUAAUGAUUUGUCAAUAUAUAUUCAAAGAUGGAACUAUGAAGCACUCUGACACAAUUGAUGGGUUUAUGAUCCAAAAACAUGCUAAAAAGGAAGAUGAGGCGCUAAGCAUCAUACACUUCAUAUGGGCUACAUAUCUUUGUGUUGAGAAACGCCCAAACAUAGAGCUCAUUAAGAAAAACUUAGAUGCUAUUCGAGAAAAUAGCUUUAUUUCAAGUGAGUGUACUAAUUAUAUUGAAAGCCGUGCUAUAAUCAAGCGGGCUAUUAAAAAACUCAAUAAUAUGAAGGAUAAGCUAUACAUAAAUGAAGAUUUUGUUAGCAAGUUUAGCUGGUUUAUAAAAACACUUACUUCUAUCACCUCAUGA